AUGUCUUCCUCUACCAUUCCCACCUCUACCUCCGUUGUUGAGAGCGCCGUCAUCAAGGCUCCUCUUAGCCAUGUCUGGCACUUUAUCAAGCUCCAAAACUUCCAGAACUUCUGGUCUGCUUUGAAGGGCAGUGAGUUUGCCAAGGCUCAGGAGGAGACUGACAUCGUUCGCUGGACUUUCAAGGAUGGCACCGUCCUCGAGGUCAAGCAGGAGGAACACAGCACCAUCAACCACUACAUCACCUACAGCGUGAUCACUUCUCAGCCUGAGCUGUCCUACACCAGCGUUGUCAGCACUAUCCGCUGCUACCCUGUCACCUCCGGCGAGAACGAGAACAGCACUUUCGUCGAGUGGACGGGCAACUUCUCCAGCGACGCUGAUGCUGGUGUCAUCCAGGACGCCAAGUUCAAGCGUCGUGAGGCCCUUGCUGACCUUGCCAAGGCCGCCGCUAAGUUGUAA